GAACAGUUAUGUGACAUCAAGUCUUCAUACGCACAAAAUAUUUUGAGGUCCAACUUCUCGAAAUCAAAUUUUUGUCCAAAAAAUGAAAAACAUUUAUUCACCCUGGACUUGCAUCCUUCUCCCACUCCUGGUCCUUCUCUUACACCAACCUGGUGUCGCAAUUAAGGUGGAAAUGACUCUUUACCAACACGCUAACUAUACUGGGAAUAGCCUCACCGUAUCUGAAACGCAUGUCGGUGUGGAUUGCGUCACUGACACAGUCGGACUUGGACAAGGGUUUAAAUCCUAUUGUUAUUCGGGAUCAUGGCAACUGACCCGGUCCGGUGCGACGCUAUCAUUGUAUCCAUACUCGACUAGAUUCUGCGACACGAUGUCUCCCGGGUACGAAAUGGUAACGAAUAUUUAUCAGUACGGCCCCCCAGACACGACCACUCCCGCGAUUGCGUUGUCCUGGCCGUACAAUGGAAACCAGAUCCGUCUCGUGUACGAAUCCGAUGGCGAUUUAAACAUCACUUCCAGCGUCAUUGUCGUCUCUGUCGCGUACACUUCCGGCAGAUCGAGCUGGACACUGUUCGAGUUAAAGAACUUUCAGGGAAGGACAAACUGUUUAACUUCGACGGCCGAGUUGCACCGGUACAGCGGGUCACAAUUGGGGCUUCCAUCGGUCGGUUCGGUGUGUAAAGGGUGUGGAUGUACGGGAUAGGUCAUCGGAGAGAGUGGGGAUUCAUAAGAUGAAUAAAUUUGGCGAAAAGCAGCAGGUAUGUAUCCUUGAAUAUUUUGUUUGUUACAAAUUUACUUAGCUACGAAUUUGUGCAUCAACUCUUAAUCACUUUAGCAUAAAAGAUACAAUCUGGUUCCAUAUUUAGAAUGUUAUGACUAAAAAUAAAGUUUAAUCCAGUUAGGUUAAUAAAUUAUUUGCUGAAUCGUACUGAAUAUUGUCACACAUCCCUUACAUAGUGUAAUUAUAAUUAUAAUUAGCUUUAUUUAGUUCACAUAAUUUGCAUUCUUAGAAUACAAUUCGAUGCAUGUAUUUCCUGUCGUUAAUAUAUUAAAAUAAUUGUACUAAUUUUAAUAAUAACGGUCGUUUCUAUGAGACGGGCCAUCUGACCCAAUAAAUAAAUAGUUUAAGUUA